GGUGUGUGUGUUUUGAUAUGCAGGUUUAGCAGAAACAAAGUACAAGCUCACCAUCCAUCCACAUGAAAAGAUACACUGUGUGUCAUGUGAGCCACCGAGAAAAAAUUGUACUGAUGCCCCCCCGAUUGAGUGCAACAACGUCAGCAGUAGCCUAGAAAACGCAGUAAAUAUCAUGUCGAAUCUCGCCUCCAUGCAGAAAACGAUGGGCAAUUCCACCACAGCAGCCAUUCAAAUAGGCGACAUUAAAGGAGUGAUCACUAAACUGUCCCGCACAGACCAAACCAACAUCAACACUGGCAUUACAACAAAUACAGAUUUCAAUGUUCUCAAAGAGGACACUGAUUUGGCGACAGACUACUCUAGAGUCGUGCACAUCCCCAGAGAGGCCUACAACAUGGCAAUACAAGGAAAGGGUUCAUUUGCAGGUGUUCUGCUUUUUCAAGGAAUCCAUCAGGAUGACCCCAGCAGUUCUUUCCUCAACAAUGAGAUGAUAGGAAUUGAAAUGGGAGCAGAAAUAUUCAAUCUCUCACACACCAUAGACAUUCAUUACAAAAAAGUGGACAAGAAAGGAAACAUUGCUUCUUGUAGGUCAUGGGACGGCAAAGGUACUGUGAAAAUGUUCUUUUGGUACUUUAAAGCAGCGUUUAAGCAGGACUUGCGCCUCACCUCAGCCAUUAAUGUGAAAAAGACCUUGGGUACUUUCAUGUCUUCUGCCUUCGUAGGAAGAAAACCAAUCUGGGUCACGGAUGGCUGUCGGACAAAUGAGGCUGAUGACAGCAUCACUUGCCAGUGCUCUCAUCUAACGUUUUUUGCCAUACUCAUGUCACCUCCACCUCAGAACUUGAGCUCUACAGAUUUUACAGCUCUUUCCUACAUCACGUCAGUCGGCUGCGGUCUGUCCAUGUUCUUCCUGAUGGUGGCUCUCUUCAUGCAUUGUCUCAUCAGAAAAAUAAAAGCAAGCCAAGCAACUCUGCUCCUGAUCAACCUCUUUGUUGCCAUGUUCUCCCUGAACUUGUCCUUCCUGGUAAACGAGAGCAUUGCGGGCCUGGGGAACUUUGCCGCGUGUGUGGCGAUCGCGGCAGUCAUGCACUACACUAUGUUGGCCACUUUUACCUGGUUUUUCAUACAGGCUCUGCACCUGUACUUCAAUCUGUGGAAGAUCUCGACCGAAAUCAAACAUUAUAUGACCAAGAUUUGCAUCACUGGAUGGGUCACACCAGCUGUGGUGGUGAUUGCUCUUCUCGCCUUGGGAAAAUAUGAUCACAUGGUCACAUAUACUGAUGAUGGGAAUUCAGCUAAAAUGUGCUGGAUCUCUGAUACCGUUGUCCACCAGGGGGUGAACAUUAGUUAUUAUGGUAUAGUGUUCAUAUUUACCUUUACCGUAUUCAUCAUAACUGUACGGCAGAUUGUUUUGUUAAAGCCCACGGCAGGGAGAGGCCAGGACAUCAGCUCCAUCAAGACAAACUCCACCUCCAUCAUGGGCCUGCUCCUCCUGCUCGGCUUGACCUGGGCAUUCGCUUUCUUCAGCUAUGGACCUCUGCGCAUACCCUCCUACUACAUCUUCACCAUCCUCAACUCCUUUCAAGGUUUCUUCCUGUUUAUCUACUAUUACAAGUCCAGCAAGAGUGGAGAGGACAGAAACGUCACAGCCAGCAGCAGCAGCACAGCUACAUCAAACACUGCUGUCGUAUCUCCAUAUCAGUAAAGCUUUGCACUGUUCUAAGAUGAUCCUGACACAAGAGGGCAACAUUUCAUUUCAUGUAGUCCAGUAUAGUUCUCAUUCUUCCUGACUCUCAUGCCCCCCGCCGCUAUGAAACGCCUUGUGCUCUGGGCCACCCUGACCAGAAAUAGCUAAUCUAGAUUACCUUCAUUGAGAAAAUUGCUCAAGCGAGCAGAGCGCUGACAGAGGAGACGGAGAAGCCACUCGUGCCGAUGACUGUGUUGCAACAGAGGCCCCCGUCUGACUCACUGAGAAACUCUGCAGAGAAGUUUGUGAUUCACUCAAAACUAUGUCACAGAACGCUUAAAUCAAAGCUUCAGUCAUACACUGGAAUGCAGGGUGUAAAUGUUUAAGAAGAAAAAUAUUGCCCCUUUAUGACUGAUGCGGUUGUCAUAUGCACUGAAGAUGGCAAGACUUAGCAAAAACAAGGUGAAGGGAAGGCUUGUCCCUCACAUGCUUCACAGUGUCGGGGGCCGAGCUAGCCAGCUAGCGCUUUGCGUGCCUGCAGAUAAUUACCUUGUGCCUACAGAGAGCAGUAUCCACUGUGCGUGGAGCCUUUACUGGCUAACAAGAAAUGAGCUCAUGGUUACCUAGUGAUAAGAGGCCUCAGGGCAUGCCAUUAUGCUGAAACUAUUCUCUGAAAUAUGAAUAUAUUUAACUAGCGUUUAUACCACUUAGCAAACUGGGAUAUGGCAAAUAAGGGAAACAUGUAAUUUUUUGUGUUGUUAUCCAUUAAUUUGUACAUUUUGUCUCUAAGCCUGACAUGAUUAAGAUGUGUGUUCAAUAUUCUUUUUAAAGAGUUUUAAAGUUCAUUACAGUUUCGGUCUGAAAACAUUUACCAUGUUAUGUAAUGUUUGAAUGCAUAGAUAUCAACCUUUGCUGCUCA